AAGCCAAACUGAAAACAGAGACAGCAGAGAACCGGAGAAGAUGAUCGUCUGCGUGGCCGUGGUCGGGCAUCAGAACAACCCUCUUUACUUACAAAGCUUCACCGAUGCCGAUGACGCCCUCAAGCUCCACCACAUCGUCCACUGCUCCCUUGACGUCGUCGACGAGCGAGUGAACAAUCCGAAGAAGUCGGGAUCGACAUUGAAUGAGACAUUCUUGGGUCUGCUUUACCCAACUGAAAAUUACAAAGUGUAUGGCUAUUUGACGAAUACGAAGGUGAAGUUUAUCUUGGUGACUACUGAUCUCGAUGUCAAAGAUGCAGAUGUCAGAAAUUUUUUCAGGAGAUUUCAUGCUGGGUAUGUGGAUGCAAUUUCGAACCCAUUCCAUGAGCCAGGAAAAAAGAUAACCUCAAGAACCUUUGCUGAAAAGGUAAGCACUAUCGUCAAGUCGUUUGGAUUCAGUUCAACCGGGUGAAUGAUGUCUCUGGACUACAAACAGAACUUUACGAGUUGUUUUAAAUCAAGGAACUCAAUAUGUUGUCUCCCCCUAUUAGGUGGAAUUGCCUUCUCCUUUCUAUCUCGCACCAUAAACAGAUUUUAAAUCAGUUCUCUCCCAAUCAAAAAUAUCAUGCUACUCGAUUACUGUAAAGAUAAUAGCAUUUCUCCCAUGUUGAUUUUGUAAGUGAGCUUUGCCAGCCAUCGAUGUGA